AAGCAGAUCAAUGAAUCCACGGAUGAUAGAUAGGGGCUUUUCCUACUGUACUACGUAACAAACACGAUGGCUGGAAUUAUAUAGAGCCGCUUCUUCUUGGCCCUGAAAAGAGUCCGGGAAGAAAAAAUUGGAAAAACCCCUCGGCUAAAGGGGAAACGCCUUAAAUGCCUGAAGUGUGGAGACAACUUCAGGGCAGUGCUGCUAGUUCAGGUCAAAGAACUCCCCCUGGGGAGAAAUUGUACAAAAACAUGGGAGAUGAAGAGAGUUUCAACGGGAGAAGAAAUCUACGUUCACAUCGAAGAACUCGCCCUUUGGAGAAACCAUAUAAAUGCGUGGAAUGUGGAUUACACUUUAGCUUUAAAAGUCUCUUUACUUCACAUCAAAGAACUCACACAGGAGAGAAACCCUAUAAAUGCUUAGAAUGUGGAAAGAAUUUCAGUCACAGCCAUAGCCUCAGUACCCAUCAAAGAAUCCAUACGGGGGAGAAACCGUAUAAAUGCAUGGAAUGUGGGAAAAGCUUCAGCCAGAAGGCGAUCCUGAAUUCACACCAAAGGACUCACACAGGAGAGAAACCAUAUAAAUGCACAGAAUGUGGAUUUACAUUCUCUCAGAGGAGCAGCCUGAAUUCACACCAACUAACUCACACAGGGGAGAAACCGUAUAGGUGCAUGGAAUGUGGAAAGGACUUCAGUCACAACCAUAGCCUUAGUUCUCAUAAAAGAACUCACACUGGGGAGAAACCAUAUAAAUGCAUGGAAUGUGGAAAGAGCUUCAGCCAAAGCAGUAGCCUUAGUAACCAUGAAAGAACGCACACUGGGGAGAAACCAUAUAAAUGCAUGGAAUGUGGGAAGAGUUUCAGUCUAAGCAAUAGCCUUCGUUUACACCAGAGAACUCACACGGGGGAGAAACCAUAUAAAUGCAAGGAAUGUGGGAAGAGCUUCAGCCGCAGCUUUAACCUGAAUUCACACCAAAGAAUCCACACUGGGGAGAAACCAUAUAAAUGCAUGGAAUGUGGGAAGAACUUCAGUCAGAGCACUAACCUCAGAUCACAUCAUAGAACUCACAAAGGAGAGAGGCCAUUUAAAUGCAUGGAAUGUGGGUAAAGCUUCAGCCACAGCCAAAGCCUUUGUUCCCAUCAGAGAACUCAC